CCGCCAUAUUUUUCUCUGUCAGCAACUACUUUGACUGGUUUGCACUUUGGUGUGACUGCAUUGGUUGGAUUAGUUUCAAACGCCACCGGAUAUUCUGCUUCAAAGCAUGUUCCUCUGUGGGAGCUUCUCUGGUUUUCCCUUGUCGCCAACACAUCCAUCACAGGGAUGAACCUGAGCCUUAUGCUUAAUUCUGUUGGCUUUUACCAGAUUUCCAAGCUUAGCAUGAUUCCUGUGGUUUGUGUGAUGGAAUGGAUGCUUCAUAACAAGCAGUAUUCAAAGGAGGUGAAGAUGUCUGUUUUAGUGGUGGUUGUGGGUGUUGGUGUUUGUACAGUGACAGAUGUCAAAGUUAAUGGCAAAGGUUUUAUAUGCGCGUGCAUAGCAGUGCUUUCCACAUCUUUGCAGCAAAUUGUGAGUUCUUGCUAAUCCAUCAAUUUUUACUUAGCAAAAUUU